UCUAUUAACGUAACUUCCCAAACACUCCCUUUAGGGAAGUGUCGCAGUAAAAAAAGACGUCUCUGCCAAAGUUAUAGUACAACAUAUACAUUAUGUUUUCAGUGGAGACAACUUUGAUUACUCACUGAAAUGACGCAGUCGCGAUGCUUCUCAUGUUGCUCUGUAUUCAAGCCGUCGUCCAAGUUCCAGUGGUGUCUGAGGCUACACCGGCACCACCACAAAACGUUCAUGUUGAUAAGUGGCUGCUGACAUGGACUCCUGCCACUGAAGAGAGAGAUGUCACCUACACUGUUCAGUACCGUAGCUUUGACAACAUUGUGUGGGAAGAUGUACCAGCCUGCACCCAGACAUCUUUCCACUCAUGUAAUGUCACUAUCACCAGAGAUGAGAGUGAGCGUGGCUGUGUUAUGCUCCGUGUGCAGGCAGAGAGACACGGGCUGACCUCAGAACCAGUCAAAGCCUGUAGCAGAUUUGGUGACUCUUGUAGCCCUGAGGUAAGACUGGUUGCACGGCCUGGCUCACUGACUGUAAAUCUGAGCGGGAACCACAGCAUGGUUUGGGAUUAUGCAGACCAUGUAAUACACAAGGUUUACUAUGGCAAGGAAGGAGAGUCACUGCAGCAGAAGUAUGAAUAUGGUACUUCUUCAGUGACCAUCCUAAAGCUGGAGGAGGGUCAACGUUACUGUACGAAGGUGCAGUAUAUUCUCCACGAACAACCAGUUGGACUGGAAAGUUGCACCCGGUGUGAGGUCAUCCCUGUUUCAAGACACAAGCCAAAACAAACAGAUUUGAUAGUAGCUGUGGUGGUUGUCAUUUCCGUGGCCUUUCUGAUAUCUGGGAUAGGGUACUUCCUCGUCUGCCGACACCAGAGAAUCAAACAUUGGCUUCAACCUCCGUGCGAGAUCCCAGAACACUUUCUGAUGCCAUUUCCAGGGCGUCAGAUUUGCAGCUACACCAGCAGCAUCUGUGAGGAGCAUUGUGAUAUAAUUUCCACUAUUGAAUGAAAGCAGCCUGCCCUCCCUCUGCUCUACAUCCAUGUGUCCUGCUCAUUUUGCUGUUGUAGGGAUUAGGUUUGACCUGUUUCAGAUGCUCUCUGAAACGUACAACUGACUCCCCUACAGUUAAACUGUAUGUAAUCUGCUUCUCCCUGAAGCCUGACUUUCUGCUGAGAUGGAUUUGGAUCAGGAUAAAUCAACUGAAGGUUAUAAACACUAAAAUGUAUUCCUCUCUUGACAAUCAUUAGGCCCAUAAUGGAUGUUGAAUUCCAGAAAAGU